AUGGCCAUCUUAACACGUUCACAGUCCGCUACUCAAGACUCCAAGGACGUCAAGGAGAUUGACGAAGCAUGUGCCGCCAUCUCGUCUACCGUCGUCUCUGGUCGCCUUGUGCAGGAAUCUUCCAGCUUCACGGCCCUACAGCCGAUGCCUUCAGGCGCUGACUCUGAUACGCCAGUGUUGGAUCAGCCAUCCUCGACCACCAGUCCAGACGGCAUCAAGCAAGAGUCCUCCAGCUCCGACACCAUGCUACAGCGUCAACGCCGCACUCUGAAACUCACUUUACGGGUCACUAAGCUCGCAGCUGUGUCAAAUGCGGACGUUGUCCUGAAGGCUGAGGAGCUCGAGAAGACCAUGGUCAUAACUGAGACACAAUCUGUUUCUCAACAAGGUGCAGCAGCUCGCGGUACGAAGCGUGGCGCUCCCAACCAAACGCCGGCAAAGAGAAGCAAGAGGUCCGCUGAAGACGCAGACGAGGAUUACGAAGAUGCAAACGCUUUGAGAAACUCAGACAACACCGUGCGCGUAAUCCGGUCACUGCGCGCUCGCACUGUGCAGGGGACAGUCACUGGAGCAAUUGCAUCUGCCGGCAUAGGUAUUGCGCCCCCUCCGCUGAUGCACGAAGUGGCUGACCCCGGGUCAGUCAAAGAGAAUAUCUCGGAAAUGGUCAAGAGGAAUGCCUGUCCCUCCUUCGUCACCCUGAAAGUCCCAGGUCUCGCCGAGAAGUACAAAACGUGGAGGCUCCGACCCCAGAAACGCCUUAAUAAGAAGGGUUUCAGAUUUACUCGCAAUCAGAUGCCCUUCUGGUGUUCUCCGACACCAUACGAGCUGCGUGAGGUUGUGAAGAUCCUGGAAGCGGAGCGCAUGGUGUUGACCAAGACUGCUGCGCAAACCGGAACAGCAGCGAAGCCGUUCCAUGCUGCGAAAGGUCUCACCGUCGACAGUCUUGUUCGCGUCAUUCUUUCCCAGUCCUUGACGAACGAAAAGGCUUUGGACAUGCAACAGUCCCUGAUCUACAACUACCCCUAUGAGGUUGAUGGCGAGGCAUAUGAGGGUACGAAACCUAAUUACCACGAGAUUCGGGAGCAGAGUGUGUCCAAGCUUCUCAAAGUCCUGACCGGAGCUGGCCUGCAAGCAGUCAAAGCCCACCCGAUCAAGGAAUGCCUGGACGUCAUCUAUGAGAAGAACCUGUCGCUUCUGAAGCCUGGCGAAGUCGUCUACUACGGACAAGAGCCCGGCGCCACAGACUUUGUGCCUGGAUUGCUCUCAAUGGACUUCGUUUGGGAUGCGUACAGACAAGGUGGCAAGCAAGCUGCGUUCAAUGAACUCACCGCGCUUAAACAGGUCGGAGUCAAAACAGCAGCCUGCCUCAUGAGUUUCAACAUGGGCAUUCCAGUCUUCGCUGUCGACACGCACGUCGCCGCAAUGUCGAAGCUUCUUGGCUAG